UUCAAUAUCAAUUUAUAUCAAUCGAAAUCGGUUCAUCCAAACAUUUUUUAAUUUAUACCAUUUUAUAAAGAAAGACAGGACAGACUGCAACAAUAACCCGGACGGCCUGUUAGAGCAUGUGCUUGUCAGACACUGUCAGAUUUUUUUCAGAUUACACAGGACAUCAACUUUAGCUAACGACGAAAAAUUUAAAGUUUUUCAUUGGCGCUUCGUAGCAUGCGAAAAAAUUUUACCAGGUCUGGAGCAGUUCAUCCGCGGGACGACGACGGCGACAAACUUUCUUUGGGUAAUUUAGAUUUAGUUAACCUAAGGCUGAAUUUGCCUUCUGGUCGGGAAGAGAGGCUUCAACACAAAAUUAUCGAUUACGGAAAACCUUACAGCGUCCAUACGGGAUUACAUCGUCACGAAGUUCACGAAAUUCCAGAAGUGAACAAAAAAUUUGAAAAAGUUUCAGGUUAUGGUAACAGUCCUAAGCAUCCAGCUAACGCUUCGUCGGACGAUUUCCUUCUUUUAUAUCCUAAAGACCAUCGCAGACAGAAAAUUGUUAAAGCCGAACGUAUAACCGAAAAGGAUUUUCUAUAUCCGUCUAAGAAAAAGACUCAAAAAGCGGUAGACGUUUUUCUUGAGCGUGCUCCGUGCAAGAUUAAUCAAGCCCGAGAUCCGAAAGAUUCCAAGUGUUUUCCUUUUAAACCGACGCCGAGCGGAAAUCUGAAAGUCGAUUCGUCUCAGGUUGUUUUCUCUUCAAAAAAACUGAGCGUCCUUGUGGCCGAUCCCAAGAACACGAAAGUAAAAAUUUGUGAAGAAUUACCCAUGACUCACGAGGGCGGUUACCGAAAAGCCAUUUCCGGUGAUGCUGUUCUAGGCCAGCCUCCCGGAUUGUCAAGUCUGGGCUCCUUGAUAGCAAACACGCCGGCAAGGAGUGCGAACAAGGAGGCGUCCGAAUACGAGAGCAAACAGACCAACGAAAUAUUGGAUCCCGAAUUGAAUUUGGGACGUCUUGGCUACAAUGGAACGGAAUCAAUUAAUUGGGACAAAGUGAACCUGCCGGAGAAACAGAAUCUCUAUAUCGAACUUUAUCGUCGGAUCACGACCAACACUAACGCCGACUGUAAGGUUUACAUCAACAACGAAGAGUUCAGCUGCCACCUGAUCGUUCUACAAUGUUACUCGGAACUCUUCGACGCCUACGUGGCAGUAAAAAAGGUGGAGUUGCCAGUGGACAAGUGUAGCGUUUCUGCAUUCGCAUUUAUCUACGAGUGGAUGGUAAUUAACGAACCCUCAUGCAGGAACUUGAAUAGGGAAAACGUACUCGAUAUUUUUAUAGCUGCCAAGUAUUUGAAAAUAAAAGAUUUGGUUGAGCAAUGUUGGGCGUUUAUCGACAACGUGGACGUUUUCAACGAAGACACCGCGUUUUUGCUCUACAUGGAUGCGAAACGGCGUAACUUGCCAGAAGUAAAGGAAGUGAUGCUACCCCGCAUACAAAAUUUCUUCCUCACCCUGGUCAGCUCCCAAGAUUGGCUGGAAAUGGAUAUCGAAGACGUUAAAAAUAUAUUGAAAUCGAAUUACAUCAGUGUUAAUUGUGAAAUGGAGAUAUUCAUGUCAGCAGUUCGUUGGUUAAAACACGACCCCCAAGUCAGGGAUGAACACAAACACGAUGUUAUGGAAUGCGUCCGUUUUGGCAACGUGGCACCGUGGCAGCUGGUCGAUAUCAAAAGAAAUCCGGAGAAUCCGGAUUUCAUGGAACUGGCCAAGGAUUCAAAGAUUUGCAAAAUGCUCGACGAUGGAUUGGCUUACGUCAUCAUAAAAUACUGGUACGGUCAAGAAAAUGAAGAUUUUCAACAUUGGAACACCGUUCUGGGCCUACAAGAACCUGCUGCGAGAAACUGGAUUGGUCCAGACAAAACCUACUUUACAUAUCGCGAAUUUCUCAUAUAUUUAGACCAAUAUCGAAGAAACCAAUUGGUAGAAAGGAACAAGCCGAAAGUGGCUGACAAGGAAAAGAAAAUAAAAGAAGCAAAAUACGUUUCAGAAAACGUAUCCCCGAGGAUUCCGACCAUGGAAGAUUUUAUGGCUAAAAAGAAAUCUCCCGGACAACUAAAAAAAAUUAAUAAAGUGAUGUCCUGAUAAACAAAUUCUGUGUGGACAUUAGAUGGCGGUGUUUUCGCGUAUUAUUAUUUGUUAUGUGUAUCUAUUAAAGGUUUUUAU